AAAUUAAAUGCCCUUUUUAUGAAUGUGAAGAAACUUUAGAAUAUCAAGAAGUUAAAGAACUAGCAAAUGAAAAAUUAUAUAAAAGGUUUAUGCCACUCCAAAGCAUGCCAGAUAUCAGAUUUUGUUUAAAUCCUAAAUGUGAUUCCGCGCAAGUUCACAAUGGAAAUCAUAGCUUACCAAUAAUGACAUGUCUGAAGUGUGGUUCAAAAUCGUGCUUUACUCAUGAUGUACCAUGGCAUGAAGGUUUGACCUGUCCUGAAUACGAUCGAAUGAAAAGAGAACAAGAAGCUGCUACAAAUAGUUAUUUAUCAAAAAAAACAAAACCCUGCCCGAAAUGUGGUGUUCAUAUAAUAAAGAAUGGUGGAUGUGACCAUAUGACUUGUAAAUUGCCAGGAUGUAAAUAUGAAUUUUGUUGGAUAUGUUUAGCUGAUCAUAAUGGAAUUCGUAGUGAUGGAAAUCAUAGACAUAAUCCCACUUGCAGACAUUAUAGGGCUCCUCCUCAAUCUCUUCGACCUCUUCAACCUCCUCAACUUCAUCAACCUCCUCAGUCUUCUCAACCUCCUCAAUCUUCUCAAUCUCUUCAAGUUCCUCGAUCUCCUCAACCUCCUCAAUCUUCUCAACUUCCUCAACCUCCUCAACCUCUUCAACUUACGCAAUCUCCUCAAUCUUCUCAACCUCCUCAAGCUUCUCAACCUCAACGUCCUCAAUCUUCUCAACCUGCUCAACCUUCUCAAUCUCCUCAAUCUUUUCAACCUUCUCAAGAUCCUCAGACUUCUCAAUGUUCUCAAUCUUCUCAACCUGCUAAACCUUCUCAAUCUCCUCAAUCUUCUCAAGCUCUUCAAAGUCCUCAAUCUUCUCAACCUGCUCAGCCUUCUCUAUCUCCUCAAGCCCUUCAAGGUUAUCAAUCUUCUCAACCUGCUUAA